CUUCUCUUCUCGCAAGUCCCGGUCCAAAUCCAACCUAGCCGACAAGGCGUCGAGCCGGAGCCGCCGCCGCCUCCGCCUCUCACGAAACGCGGCGGAGCCUCCCUGUCCCGCCCUCAUCGCCGUCGUCCGCCGCUUCGCGUCUGCUGAUUCGGCGACGCCAGCCAGUUCUCGCGGCCUUGAAACGGGAGGAAGGUUUGAACCUACUUUAGAAAUAUACAAUAUGGCUGCGGUUGAUACAGCUACCAAGGAGAUGGAGGCAUUGCAUGUUGGACAAAAUGAGGAAACCGAAGAGAAUAUGAUUAAAGAAGGAAAAGCUGCAAACAGCAAUGGUGCAGUUCCUGCAGCUCAGUCCUCACCACCAGAGGAUGAUGAUGAAGCACAAGCUGAUGGUGCAUCUCAAGAUGGAGCACCAGAAGCUGAGAAGAAGAAGAAGAAGAAGAAAAACAAAUCCAAAAAGAAGAAGGAUCCUCUUCAGCAGACAGUUCCUCCAUCAAUACCUGUUGAUGAGCUUUUCCCUUCAGGAGAAUUUCCUGAGGGUGAAAUCCAGCAAUAUAAGGAUGAUAAUUUAUGGAGAACAACUAGCGAGGAAAAGAGGGAGCUGGAACGGCUGCAAAAACCAAUAUACAACUCUGUACGCCGAGCAGCAGAAGUUCAUAGACAGGUGCGGAAAUAUAUGAGAAGCAUUAUUAAGCCUGGAAUGUUAAUGAUUGAUCUAUGUGAAACAUUGGAAAAUAUGGUCCGGAAACUUAUCAAGGAAAAUGGACUCCAAGCUGGCAUUGCCUUUCCAACCGGAUGCUCCUUGAAUUGGGUUGCAGCUCAUUGGACCCCAAAUGCUGGUGACAAAACUGUGUUACAAUAUGAUGAUGUGAUGAAGCUGGAUUUUGGAACACAUAUAGAUGGGCACAUUGUUGAUUGUGCAUUUACUGUUGCAUUUAAUCCAAUGUAUGAUCCAUUGCUUCAAGCAACAAGAGAUGCCACAAAUACUGGGAUCAAGGAAGCUGGAAUAGAUGCAAGGCUUUGUGAUGUUGGUGCUGCAAUCCAAGAAGUAAUGGAGUCAUAUGAGGUUGAAAUCAAUGGAAAAGUUUUCCAAGUAAAAAGUAUUCGGAACCUCAAUGGACACAGCAUUGCGCCAUAUCAGAUCCAUGCUGGAAAAUCAGUUCCGAUUGUGAAAGGUGGAGAGCAGACAAAAAUGGAGGAGGGCGAGUUUUAUGCCAUUGAAACUUUUGGAUCUACUGGAAGGGGAAUUGUCAGGGAGGACUUGGAAUGCAGCCAUUACAUGAAGAACUUUGAUGUUGGACAUGUGCCUUUGAGGAUGGCAAAGGCUAAGCAGCUACUUGGGACCAUCAAUAACAACUUUGGAACACUUGCUUUCUGCCGCCGGUACUUGGACCGCCUUGGUGAGACGAAGUACCUCAUGGCUCUGAAAAAUCUAUGUGACAAUAAUAUUGUUCAGCCAUACCCUCCAUUGUGCGACGUGAAAGGGAGCUAUGUCUCACAGUUCGAGCACACCAUCUUACUCCGGCCAACCUGCAAAGAGGUCAUUUCCAGAGGCGACGACUACUGACUGCGGCUGCAGCGGAUCCUCUUGUACCGCUUGUUUAUGCAACUGAGCACACGCCGUUUUUGCGCAACCUGUGUACCAUCUGUUUAUGGACCAAAAGGGCAUAUCACACUUGGAUAAAUAACUUGGCAGUCUUGCUAUAAUAUUUUGAGUUUGGAAUAUAUGGAAACGUGUAUUUUCAUUGAGCUGACAUUGAUUCCCUCGAAUUAUGUUUGAAAACCAUUGAAA